GAAAGCCACCCCCUCCUCUGAUAAGUAAACAACAGUCCCUAAUUAAAUAUUCUAAAACGUGUAUGACAUUAGAAAACAAAUUAAAUUCAAAACAAUGAUCAUUAAUGAUUUUAAAAGUACAAUAAAAAAAUCUUCAUUAUCAUAUUUGAUACACAAAUUUGACACUUACUUCCGACGUGUUUCUCUGAAUAAACCUAUGCCUACGAUCUGGACUUUUAUUUUGAAGGAGAGCAGCUGAGCUGCCCCGGAAGCUCUACUCUUUCCUGUGGCUAACUUGACAGUGUUUGAACAAGAUGGCGUCGAGCAGAAACGUCUGUUAGCAGAGUGUCUUUGUUGUGUUUUUAAAGUGUGAAGAUGUGUAAAGUCCAAAUGCUGAGAGCGUUGGUGAAGCAGCGACUAACUGCGGCUGCUGAAGAGAUAUUUGGGCUGUUUGAAAGAACGAUAGCAGAGUACGAGGAGCAACUUUGUCGCUCAAAAGAGGAGAACGAGCGACAACGGAAACUACUGGACGCUGUUUACAACGGAGCAGAGGUCCAGCAGCAGCUGUUGGUGGUUAAAGAAGAGGUUCCCCCUGAGCAGCAGGAGUGGAGCUCCAGUGUGGACCAGGAGGACCCAGAGCCCCCACACAUUAAAGAGGAAGAGGAGGAACUGUGGAGCAGUCAGGAGGGAGAGCAGCUUCAAGGGCUGGAGGAGGCUGAUAUCACCAAGUUCACAUUCACUCCUGUCCCUGUGAAGAGUGAAGAUGAUGAAGGCUCAGAGGUCCAGCAGCAGCUGUUGGUGGUUAAAGAAGAGGUUCCCCCUGAGCAGCAGGAGUGGAGCUCCAGUGUGGACCAGGAGGACCCAGAGCCCCCACACAUUAAAGAGGAAGAGGAGGAACUCUGGAGCAAUCCGUCAGAAGCACAUUUCCAACCUGAACUUGACACCAAGACGUCACACUCUUUGGAGUUAAAGACUGAUCUCAGUGAUGAUGAUGAUGAUGAUGGUUGGAUGGAGAACAGAAAACCUGAGUUGGUUUUAAACUCCCUGAAGAUUAUCAAAGUCCCUGCCGGCGGUACGAGAAUUAGAGCCAGUAAAAAGACUUACAGCUGCUCUGAGUGUGGGAAGAUCUUUGGCCGCAGUCCGCACCUGAAGAUCCACAUGAGGACACACACCGGAGAGAAACCGUUCAGCUGCCCCUUCUGCGGGAAGAGCUUCACCCAGAAAGUCAACCUGACGUAUCACAUGUCCAUCCACACGGGGGAGAAACGUUUUAGCUGUCAUUUCUGCAACGAAAGAUUCACCUGGUACACUCAGCUCAAGAGUCACCAGUGCACCUGUGAGUCCUCUCAGCGUCACCAGAGUCAGAUCGAGGACAGCAGAGAUGCAGAGACGGGAGAGAAGUCGUUCAGCUGCUCCGAGUGCGGGAAGAUCUUCAGCCGCAAGGACAACCUUAACAUCCACAUGAGGAUCCACACCGGAGAGAGACCGUUCAGCUGCUCCGUCUGCGGGAAGAGUUUUAAACAUGGAGGACAUCUGACACAGCACAUGUCUGUCCACACCAAAGAGAACAGGUUCGGCUGCGACGUCUGCGGCAAGAGGUUCACUUGGCUUUAUCAGCUCAAGAGACACAAGUGUGGCGGAGAGUCUGCUCAGCGUCCUAAACUGUGGGGCAGCCAGGACGGAGAGUCCAUGCUCAGUCCUGUUCCCAUGAAGAGUGAGGAUGAUGAAGAUGAACUUCAGUCCUCACAGGUAGAAACAGAAGCUGAUGGAGACCACUGUAGAGGAGUACACCCAGUGCCUGGAGGAGAAGUAGGCCCAGUGCCCGGAGGAAGAGUACGACCAGUGUCCAUAGACUCUUCUGAAGCCUACUCAGAGGACUGUGGAGGACCAGAACCAGCCAGGAACUCACAUCCAGAUUUACAACCAGACACUGGUGCCAAGGCCGAAGAAUUUCGGGACUGUACCUGGACAGAGACCAGAUCAAACUCCACUGGCAGGAAAACCUUCAGCUGCUCUGACUGUGGGAAAAUAUUUGGCCGGAAGGAACACCUGCAGACUCACGUGAGGAUCCAUACUGGAGAGAGACCAUUCAGCUGCUCCGACUGUGGAAAAACCUUCGGCUGCAAGCGGUCGCUGCUGGGCCACAUGAUGAGUCACACAGGAGAGAAACCAUUUAGCUGCUCUCAGUGUGGGAAGAGAUUCGGCCGGAUGGUGAACCUGAAGACUCAUGAGAGACUCCACACGGGGGAGAGACCGUUCAACUGCCCAUUUUGCAGUAAAGGUUUCACACAGAAGGUUCACAUGACUCAACAUAUGGCUGUCCACACAGGAGAGAAACAGUUCAGCUGCAGCAUUUGUGACAAAAAGUUCACGUGGCUUUCGGGGUUUAGGCGACACAAGUGUGGUGGCGAGCAGCAGGGGCUCGACGAGAGCCAAACGGUGGACAACUUGGAGGCAGAACCGGGAGGGAAACCGUUUCGCUGCUGGCAGUGUGGCAACAGAUUCAACCACAAGCACAACCUGAAGGCUCACAUGAGGAUCCACACGGGGGAGAAACCCUUCAGCUGCUCCAUUUGCGCUAAAGGCUUCACAGCAAGCGGUGCUCUGAAGAAACACCUGAGGACGCACUCGGGAGAGAAACCAUUCAGCUGCUCUGUCUGUGGCGUCAGAUUCACACAGGGCGGGAACCUGAAACGACACAUGGUUCAGCACACAGGGGAGACUAGAGAGAAACCCUUCAGGUGCUCCGUCUGUGGGAGAAGCUUCACGCAGGUGUCUAACAUGAAGCGACACAUGGUGCAACAUGCCGCUGCUGAGACAGGAAGUGAAGCUGUGCGCGGUCCGGACGUGAUGCAGGAUAAGAGUUCAUCACUGCUGACUGAUCAUCGAUAGAGACAUAACUGUUUCAGAAAUCACAUGGACUAUUUUCUACGUUAAUUUAUUGAUUGUUAAAUCUGGGAAAUGUUGACAAUCAGAUGUUCCAGAACACAAAGAGAUUUAGUGUGUUACCACAGAAAAAUUAUUUGUCUAUCAGAGUACUUGAAUGUCUUAUCCAGGGGCGUCAAACGUACGGCAACUCAUGCUUAUCAUGUCUGCUAGCAGUGUUAGCAAGGAAGCUAACCAACUACAGCUCAACAGUAAUGUAGCAGAACGCUAAUUUCUGUGGUCAUAUCAGCUAACCAGUCCCCUCAAGGAACACGUGAUGUUGCGAUCACAACAAGUAACGCAAAUUCAAUCUACCGCCAAACUUAUUCGGGAACGGCACAAACUGGCGGAGCACAGACGAGAUGAAUCACCAUGACAGAAGCUGUCACAUCCAGAAUGUACGUUCAAUUAAAUGUGUGCGGUUGGAAGUAAUGUUAGUUUGUUGGUGCCAGAGCACUGACAGCAGGCAGUUGCCAAGACCCUCUCGACGCAUGUAUGAAAUAUGGUAGGCGCAUGUAGCAUCCCAAGACAUACAAAAAAGCCUCAUGGAGCCAUACCCUGAACCCGACAGUUAGUCGGUCAUUUUGAAUUAAUUAUGGUGGGUUUUUUUCCAGGGGUCGUAUUUUAAUGAACUCCUCCUAUAGAUUUGAUGUGAUCAACUUUUAUUCGUACCAUUAAAGGUCAGACCUUUAACAUCAAAAGUUGCAGUUUAAAAGUUGCUGUCGACCGGUGUGACCAUGGCGAGGCGGCAAAUGUCAAUGUUUUGCCACCAAACAGGAAGUGGUUUUUAACUCCAGAAUACAUGGUCCAAUCUGCCCCAGGUUUUAUUAGGCUCCAGGUUUAGGUGUCAUGGUGAUUGCGCCACCCACUGGCAUCGUUUCAUCACAACUUUCAUCACAAUUUUUGUUAGGACGCAACUAUCUCGAAAAAAGCUGCUGCGAAAUACCGAAGGGACUGGCUAAUGCUAACACUAGUGAAACCAUAUAGUGAUGUUAAUUUGUGUUACAGUGAAUAAUGCCUUCAUCGAGCUGACAGGAAGCUAGCGGCAGACUAAGCAAAGUUGGCGGGAGGAUGUGUGACUAUGUUCUGUUUUCAAAAUAAGGUGUUAUGGAAAUGUGAUUGAUUGGAUUAUAUUAAGAGGAAGUGUAAAAUGAAUUUUUUUUUUUUUAAGAUAUUUUUUGGGCCAUUUUGCCUUUAAUGGACAGGACAGGUAAGUGUGAGAGGGGGAGAGAGAGAGAGAGACAUGCAGCAAAGGGCCACAGGCUGGAGUCGAACCCGGGCUGCUGCGGCAACAGCCUUGUACACGGGGCACCUCCUCUACCACUAAGCCACCGACACCCCGAAUUAUUAAUUAUAAAUUAAAAAGUAAAAACCAUGAACACGCAACAGAUAUGUCUUUAUUCUGUGAUUUUUGUUUUACUGGAAAUAAAAAUAAAA